UCUCUCUCUCUCUCCCCUCCCUGUCUCCCUCCCCCUCUCGGAGUCUCGGUCGUGGCGACGACGACUGGGCAGGCCGACGAGCACCCACCAGGUAUCCCACCCCUUCUCUUCCCUUCUUCCUGCUAUGCGAAUUAGGCGGACCGGCCAAUAGGGCGACCACCCGCCCGCCUGAGAGGCCGUGCGGAGGUUGAAGACGGCUGCGGGCAAGGGAGACGGCGCGCGUUGCUUUUGGUUGCAAGUUGGAGCGUAUGGGCCGUCUGGCCGGAGAGGCGCCCAGGCCCAUCAGCUAGGAAGACCUUAAGCCAGGGCAAACGGCGCACAUCAGCACACCAUCGCAGGUCCGCAGUCGGUUGCGGCGCUCGAAGCGGUGGGCAGGCUCAGGCGCUAGUUCCACGGCCGCGGGCCGCGGCUCGCCCUCACCGCGCCGACGCACCGGCUCCCCCUCUCUCACGUCCCGUGCUUCCACUCGACCCCUCCGAGCUCCGGCUCCUCUCCGCCCCUCCACCCCAACCGGCAACCGGCAGCGCCCCCUGUGGCGCAGCGGCUGUAUCUGCGUCCCUCUCUUGCAGUUGCAGCCCAGCAGCAGCAAAAACAACUCGAGCUCGCUUGUUCUUCUAGGGCCAACCGCAGUAACAGACUAACACUUGCAGUUAGGCGGCUCCGUAGAUUAGUGUCUUUCAUCAGCUCCAGGGUCAAGGUGGCACUUUUCAUCAGAUCAAGGGUCAAGCAGUAGUAUACUGCUCUGUUUUUGAUCGGGAAAAGUAUUGCUCCUAGCCUCCUACAGCUAGUUCUUUUUAUGAUUAAGCUCCAAUGAAGGAUUCUCAGGAUAUUCAGAGCACAACAGAGUUGCAGUCAUCAGCACAGGGUACUAAUGAAGUGCAAAGUCAGCAACCAAACCCGAUGACCACUGAUGCUCCUGCAGGAAAUUCGGGUUCCUUGUCUAUAGCUAGUAAUGACAGUAAGAAGGUGUCUCGCGAAGACAUUGAACUUGUUCAGAAUUUAAUAGAGCGUUGUCUUCAGCUAUACAUGAACAAAGGAGAAGUUGUUAGAACUCUUUCUACUCGUGCUAGAAUAGAACCUGGCUUCACUACUUUAGUAUGGCAGAAACUCGAAGAAGAGAACUCCGAGUUCUUUAGGGCUUACUAUAUCCGGUUGAAAUUGAAACGGCAAAUCAUCUUGUUCAAUCAUUUAUUGCAACACCAGUACAAUUUGAUGAAAUAUCCAGCACCUCCAAAUGUUCCAUUGGCUCCAAUACAAAAUGGAAUUCAUCAUAUGCCAGUUAGCAAUUUACCAAUGGGGUAUCCAGUACUUCCGCAGCCUAUCAUGCCGGCUCCCGGCCAGCCUCACAUGGACCCAAUGGCCUGUGGUCUGUCCAAUGGUCAUGUGGUCAAUGGAAUACCUGCACCAGGUGGUUAUCAUCCGAUGCGCAUGAACUCUGGAAAUGACAUGGUUGUGGACAACGGAGCGCCCGAAGCACCACAUGCUGGUGCUACCGGCAGCGUCAUGUCAUCCGAGAUGGCCGUGAGCCCCUCAUCAGCGGCUUCAAGCAACCAUGCUCCAUUUAUGCCGCCGGAGAUCCCAGGCAUGGCCAUGGACGUGCCAGGCCUAGACUCGACAUUCGGAUCUGACGUAGGGAAUGGACCUCUGCAAUUAGGACCAGAUGGCUCGUCGAGAGACUCCAUUAGAUCCUUGGGGCAGCUCUGGAACUUCAGCCUCUCUGAUCUAACGGCGGAUUUGACGAGUUUGGGAGAUUUGGACGUGCUGGAGAACUACACCGGCACCCCUUUCCUGCCUUCGGACUCGGACAUUCUGCUCGACUCCCCGGACCAAGAUGACAUAGUCGAAUAUUUUGCUGACGCCAUCAACGGGUCUCAGUCAGACGAGGAGAGGUCAUAGCGAAGCUAGCUCAAGGUUUUUCAGGCAGGGCGCAGGGAUGUGUCUUCUCAUGGCCUGCUGCGAGAGAUGCUGCGGCUAAUGUAAUGUAACUGUGCCUUGGGCCCGCGCCCCUGUGUGCUGCGGCAAGUGUAGCUGGUUUAAUUAGACUUUUUUUUUAAUUUGUAGCUGGUUAAUUAGAAUCCUAAUUCUUUGGAAUAAAAAAGUAGUAGCUGGAGUUAUCGGUAAGAAUCGCUGGAUGUAAUGCAAAGCUCGCUCUCACAGUCACAGCUGGGUGACCACAGGAGGACCUCCUUUUUGUUUGUUGUAUAUUUGCUGCUACAGAAGUAAAACGGUCUCAUAGGUCUCAGGCUUA